AUGACGAGGCCUUGGGAGAACCCCGAGUCUGGGGCAGAGCCUUUGCCAUCCCCUUCCUCACUCACCACAUCGAAUAUUAACCUAGGACCCUCUGACUCAAAGAAUGUUGCACCGGCGGAAACUGUGGAGGAAGAGAUGCCCAUUCGAGUUGCCACGACCUCGGGAUUGGGAAUACCGCCCCCGCCCGAACGAUAUCUUCAAGGCUCAAAGAAAUUCAACUAG